AUGCUCAUUACACUGUCACGGUCACAUUCUUCCGCUCGACGGCGGUCUUCUGACUCAACCACAAGAUCUGCGGAUGGGUUGGCUGACACUCCGAUCGAGAUCGAUCCAGCCAGUCAUACAUCCGCGUCUCGUCUGGCUCCGCCAAGACGUGCUACUCGUACUUCAUCGGCCGUCUCCCGGUCGCCGCCCAUCGCUGCGACACCUCCGAAAGCAGAGCUACCCAGGGCGUCCGACGAGUCCGAUGGGUCGGUGAGACUACGAAGCUACGAUUAUACCCCAGUGAACAAGCUCCCCGACCGCCUUCAAGGCUUUGCCACCCGUGCGGUCCUCGCGCGAUAA